UCUGUGUUGAUUUCAUGUUUCUAUUUGUAUCUCAACUGUUAAUAUGUGUAAACAGUUUCCAAUAAAGUUGUUGUAAAACAACAACCCAACUGGCCUCAGAUAUUCAGAGGUGAGACGAUCACUCUGACAUGUGAGGUGCAGGAAGGAGGUGAAACCACUGAGUGGGAGUAUGAAUGGAGAGGACCCAGGACACCCACACAGUGGAGACACAAUAAUGAUGUGACAUUCAGAGUUUCUGAGUCCAGCAGUGGAGACUACAUGUGUAAGAGUCGACGCAGAGAUGACUCAUAUUCUUCAACAGAGUGGAGUGAAGCCUUCACAUUGUCAGUAUCAAUUCCCAGUAAGCCCACUGUGACCCUGCAGCCAUCCUGGACUCAGAUAUACAGCGGUGAGACAGUCACUGUCAGAUGUGAGAUUCAGGGAGGUGAAGGAGCUCAGUGGACGUAUGAAUGGAGAGCAGCCAAGUUAAACACACCUCCAACAUCCAAUGACCACAGAAUCAUCAGAGCUACUGAGUCUGACAGUGGAGGAUACAGCUGCCGGGGCAGAAGGGACUAUUUCUUCUCAGAGUGGAGUGAUAUCAUCACACUGACUGUGUCAUAUAAACCAAAGGCCAAACUGAGAGCUGAUAACACAGCUGUUCCAGUAGGGGGCAGUGUGACCCUGACCUGCUCUGUGAACCCAUCAUCAUCAUCCGGAUGGAAAUACUACUGGUACAGAGAUGAGAAAUCCUCUGAAGCCCUGACCACACAAGAUGCAGUUUUCCACUCAAAUGGACAAAUCAGUGUCUCACAGGAAGGACUCUAUAGGUGCAGAGGAGGAAGAGGAAACCCAGUUUACUACACAGAGGACAGCCAGUCAGUCAGGAUUGGGAAAACUGUAACAGCCUCAAACAGGCCUGUUGUGACUCUGUAUCCAAACUGGUCUGAGAUAUACAGAGGAGAGACGAUCACUGUCAGAUGUGAGAUCCAUGGAGGAGACACUGAGUGGGAUUAUGAGUGGGAAACAAACAGCAGGAUAAAAGCUCCAAAUCAAAAUGAAUACAGGAUUAGAUCUGCUUCAUCAUCCAACAGUGGAAACUAUCGCUGUAAGGGCAGAAUGAAAAGUUCACAGCAUAAAACAACAGAGUGGAGUGAUUCAGUCACACUGACAGUUUCUGACAGUAAGUAGAGUCAUAGUUCAUUUAACCUGGAAAUAGAAACAGUUUGUAAAAAUGUGUUUUUAUUAGUACAUGUUGAGAUAUUUGACAUGUUUAGAUAGUCUCACUCUUAAAGUUCAUCAUAAAUAUUUGUGAGUCAACAUUUUAGUGACAUUGAAUUCAGAGUUAAGAGACGAAACAUUGAGAGAAAAUCUUUGUUGAACAGAUAAACCCCGUCCUGUCCUCACUGUGUCUCCAUCAUGGCUGAGUCCUGGAGCCUCAGUAACUCUGAACUGUGAGGUUGAACAUC